AGGGUUUUGCUUUCCUGCGGCAGAUGGUCGAAAGUGCAGCUGCGAUUGUCCCACGACGAAUGCGACGGUGGGGCUGAGAGCCUGUCGUGCCUGUCUCUCCCUUUCAUUCGAGGCGUUUAUUGUUUUUCCACUCCAUUGGUUCCUCCUCCUGUUGGGACAACUGUUGAGGGUGUUCCUGUAAGGAAACCACUUUUAACUAUGUUUGCACGCCCACACGUAUACUGAGUAUACUGAGCAAUAAUUGAGGCUCUGUUUCUGGACUGCUUAUUUUGUUUUUCCUUCUAAUGUGCUGAUUCCAAAAAUGUACACCAUUUAGUGAUAGUAAUUCUUAGGCUUGCUGCAAAUCACGUUCACUUAUUGAGGGCUCGGACAGUUUUUAAAAUGGGCCGCAUCUUCCUGGAUCAUAUUGGUGGUACUCGCCUAUUCUCCUGUGCAAAUUGUGACACAAUCUUGACCAACCGAUCAGAGCUUAUAUCUACCCGUUUUACAGGGGCUACAGGACGAGCCUUUUUAUUUAACAAGGUAGUAAAUCUGCAGUACAGCGAAGUUCAAGACCGAGUUAUGCUCACUGGCCGUCACAUGGUUCGUGAUGUGAGCUGCAAGAACUGCAACAGCAAACUUGGCUGGAUAUAUGAAUUUGCCACUGAAGACAGCCAGCGCUACAAGGAAGGCCGUGUUAUCCUGGAAAGAGCUUUAGUCCGAGAAAGCGAGGGUUUUGAGGAGCAUGUUCCAUCUGAUAACUCUUGAAUUGAAAUCUCUUCAUCUUCAGGCUUUCUUUGUUGAAACUUAAAAAAGAAAAAUCAACAAAAAACCCCAACCCUUACAUAUGCUGUCACCUUAGCAUCUGCGUUGGAUUCAUGAACUACAGAGAGGGAAAGAGAAUUCCAUAUGGAAUGUUCCUUUUUCUUUAUUAUUUUUCUUUUUUUAUCCUUUUCUCACUUGUUGUUCAUAGAGAAUGUUGUCUAGAUGCUGUAAUACUUUUUCACUCUCAGCUAUGUAAGCAUUUGAAGUUACAAAUCAUCUAAAAGGAAUUUGGAAAUUCCUUUUAUUAGAGAAAUCAGUUGUAUUUUAGUUUGUAAAACCUGUUACAUCAUAAGGAAAUUUUAGUGUAGCUAUGCCUUUUAAUUUAUUUCCAUUUGGUCCUCAGUUUUUAUUUCAUUUUUAGCCAGAUUUUCCACCUUAUUAGCUGGCUGAUGAAGAGAUCUGACUUUGUGAAGAGUGCUGAAGGUUCAGUGUUUUGUCCAGUUUGUGCUGGCCACUAAUUCAUAUUUUUGUUGGGGCUCAUUGGUAGUAUGGAAUCUGUGCUUGUCCUUCUUUUGUAACCCAAAGUUGUUCUCAUUCCUUACUUACUUAAGCAACACUUUUACCAUGUGGCUGGUGUUCUAUUACUUGUUUAAACAAAUAGGGCAAAAGUACGUCUUUCUAUUUUUCAAAUGUAAUUUAAAAUAUUGAGAAAUGGCUGUAUUGUAUAGGUUAAAACUAUGUUGCUAAUUAUGGGGACUGAGCAGUUGUCUUAUUCCUUUUCCUUCUUAGUUGAUCUUAAAUAGAAACUUACUCUUAAUCUUGGAGUUUAUUCCCUUUUUACCCUUAACCUUUAGUUCUGCAUUAAAACCUGGCUGUGAAGAAAAAGGGCAUGCAUACAUUCAGGCAUCUAAUCCAUGCCUGUUUUAAUAGCUUACAACUUGUCUUCAAAUGCUGCUUCUGAUGUCAAAGCUCUUACUCUUAGAUGCAUCUUACCUUUGUGAUGCUGGGCCUUUACUGCUUUCACCAGCACAAGAAGCUCAUUUGGCUGUAUGUUGUAGCUGGAUUAUCUGGUGCUUCCUAUAGCAAGUUAUUUGUGUUACAGUACUGAUUCUUGCUCAUCAGAGCAAAUAUUUCUAUAUACUCUCCUUACUCAAGGGUGCCCAAAUGUUGCUGCUGGUAUGGCCUGCCCUCAUGACAUGUGUUUGGAGAUCCAAGAGCUGAAUCUUACAGGACUAAUCACAAUUUUGUACUCUCCUUGUCAGUACUAAGUAUUUCAUAAAUAAGGACAUACAUGAAAUUUGUAUUUGCUUUAUUGCAAUAGAUUCUUAAGCACUUGUUAAGUUCUACCAUUGAGCAAAGAAUACAAAUGAGUAUUCCUGUAGUUGGGAUAUUGGUAAUACUGUAACUUUAAUCAUCCUAACCACACUUGCAGUGGCUGGGAUAGGAAGUGAUACCAUUGCAAGUGUCUUGAAGACUUGUGUUCUCUGAAUCCUGUCUCAUACAUAACUAGCAGACUGAAGAGGGUGGAUUGUGAUUAUAUUUUUUUGCACUCCAUAAGUGGUACUUCGGCCACUGAGCUGCAGUUGGGCAUCCCUCUUAGCUUGAACUUUAAAAAGGCCUGUUAUGCAAUUUAGAAGGACAAGUUGUGUAUGCUGCAGCUGAGUUGAAUAAGGAUACUUAAAAUAGGGUAUUUGUGACUCAGAUGAGUAGUCUUUAAUAUUGAUUUCAGUAUAUCCCCUUUAUUUUACUACUAUGGUGAUCUGUCAUUGGCAUGGUCCUUGAUGUACUCUUCAUGUGUUUUGAUGUUGCAGUACAAUAAAGUAUGUUUUGUCCUGCA